AAUGUGUUUUUGGCACAAAGAGCCCGUGUUCGACGAAAAAAUAAAAUAAUUAACGAAAAUAAUCCGGGGGCCCCUUUGUACGUGGUGCGUGUAUAAUGUGUUGCAUAUCCUGUCAAAUUUGACAAAUGUGAACGACCUUCAUUUUCCGCAAUUAAAAAUAAAAGUUUUCCGGAAAAAAUAUAAAUACGACAUUGGAGCAAAGAAAACAAAGAUUUGGCGGCCAAGUGCAAACUUUAAAAUAGAAAUCAUUUUUCCCCCGAACCGAUGAAAAUAGAGUGCGUGCGCACUCACCUUGACGAAGAUACCCAAUCGGCGUCGCCACUUGCCAGACAAAGACGGGGGUCGAGGUGGAUUAUCGAGUUGUUAGGUUAGACUGUGACAAAACAAAGACGUGAGGUGGGAUUUUGCAAAUAUUCUAAUGUCAAUUCGGAUCUCAGCUGUUAGAGGGUGAUUGACUUUUCGUUUUUAUCAAGUCUCUCAAUUUCCAGUCAUUCUCCCAGGUGAUUUUUAACGAAAUUUACUUUGGAACGUUAUAGAACAAAGACAAGCGUAAAGAACACCAGAAAAUGAGUGAACUAUCGCAAGAAGAGAUGCGGAGGAGGCGCCUCGCGCGCCUGGCAGUCCUCGACAACGUGUCACCCUCUAAUUCGAUCUCGCCCCCCAUCACCCCCAUUUCGCAGUCGCCGAGCAGCAGCAACCAGGCCCAGAGCCCCCCGAGCACCCCCAUUGACGACAAGUGCUUCACUGACGUGAACAAGCGCCCCAACGACGACGACAAGGAGCUCAACUACGAGCAGAAGGACGGCGUGUUCCAGGUGCCCAGCAAGCCCAUCGACAUGCCCUCGAGUUCCAAGAGGGAAAGGGCACGGGCGCCGCCGCAGCGUAGCGACUCGGAGACCAGUUCGAUACACAUGGAGGUGGACGAGGUCAGCGGGUGCGCGGACAAGGCUGGGGCCAACACGGACAUCGACUCUGGGUUUGAGAAUAUGGAGGUCGACGAAACCGACAUCCAGAAAAAAGACGUGCCUCGACAACGAACAUCGUCUUCCGUGACGGAAAUCACCGAAGAACAACUCCAAUCGACCGUACUCAGAAUCCUCCAUUCCACCCUCGACAAGCCAUCCGAAAGUCGCAUGUACCUGCCGCAGACCGGCGAAGACGUGAAGAGCAACCCCUCGAUGAGCGUCCGCGACAUCGUCUCCAACUCGCUCAUGGAAGUCCUAGUACAAAUCUCCAAAGGCAAUAACCCGUUCAAGGACCUGGUGCCCAGCAACAGCGACGCGGCCGACACGAGCAGCAUAAACUCGCUGAGUCCGUCGCCGAGUCCCAGCCACACGUGUCCGUUGCCGACGCUGCCGCAGAAGCGGGUGGAAGACGACGAGCCCAUGAACCUGGGUCUGAACUACUUGAUGGACUGCUACAACCGGGUGAGCGUGGAGGAGCGGAACCACCCGAAGCGGUCCAGCAUACCGCCGCUGAGCGACGUCCUCAUCGAAGUGCGGGCCCAGCUGGUGCACUACACCACGCUGUUGCUGCAGGGGUACAUCAUCCCCAACGACGAGCUGUACAAGUUCGGCCGGUCGCCCAUGUUGACGCCUAUUCUGCAGCAGACCUUGCCCCGGGGGUUCCUCACCGAGCUCGUCACGCGCACCUACACCAACGAGAAGCUGUUCUCCUCGGUCUUCAGUCCGCUGCUCCAAGGACUCUACCGCAUGAUGCAGAACGCCAGCAUCGUCGGCGAGGAGCACCGAAUCCCGAUUCAGACGCUGUUCGACCUCGCCGAUAUUCGCUGCGGCUCGCGCCCGAUCUGCACACUCAUCACCAAGCAAGUACAGUUCCUCCAGGAGCCCUGCACGCCGGCGCAGGGCCGCGAGAUCGUCCGCACGUCGUACUUGGGGCCGUUCCUCUCGGUGUCGGUGUUCGCCGAGGACGAGCCCAAGGUGGCCGAGAAGUUCUUCUCGGGGAAUUCCUCGAGCGACAAGAGCUUGAACCACACGCUCCAGUUGGAGCUGGAGAACACGAGGAAUUUGCAGCACAGGAUUUUCCAUUACUUGCUGGCGAAUCCGGAGAGCCGGGAUUCGUGCUUGAACUACUUGGCCAAGGUCUUGAAAUACAACGAAAAGAGGUCGCAGCUCCAGAUGGAGGAGAGGUCGCUGGCCGGCGACGGGUUCAUGCUGAAUUUGUUGAGCGUCCUCCAGAUGCUCUCGCUGAAGAUCAAGCUGGACAAGAUGGAUUUUUUGUAUCCGUUCCAUCCGGAAAGUUUGAUUUGUAUCAAGAACGACACGAGGUUGAAGCAUACGUCGCAGGAUGUGGCGACGUGGUUGGACAAUUUGGGCAGCGUCCAUCAGUUCCAAAGCCCAAAUUUCUCAACCAUCUGCUGGUUCUUAACUUUACACUGCCAUCACUUAUCGUUAUUACCCGCCCUUCAAAAGUACCAACGUCGAAUCCGUGCAAUCCGCGACCUGCAGAAACUUCUCGACGAAACAGUGGCGGCGGAAGCCCAGUGGCGUAACACCCCGUUCGCCCAUCGAAACAAACAGUUCAUCAAGAGGUGGAAGCAGCAGCUGAAAAAACUGAACAAAUCGAAAGCGUGCGCCGACGCCGGUUUACUCGACAAGAACCUUAUUCGUAGGGCCCUAAUUUUCUACACUUCAGUUGCUCAAUUCCUGCUGAGUCUGAUGACGAACACGCCGCCCGGGAGUCCGAUACCGAACUUGCCGCUGCCGUCGACGACGGCCGAAGCCUUCUCGGCGCUGCCCGAAUGGUACGUGGAGGACAUCGCCGAGUUCCUGCUCUUCGCUUUACCAUAUUUCCCGACGGUCAUCACCGAAAACAUGGAGGACUCGCUCAUCACGUGGCUGCUCGUCACGAUUUGUUCCUCCAGCAUGAUCAAGAACCCCUACCUCGUGGCGAAACUGGUGGAGGUCGUCUUCGUCAUCAUCCCCACGUUCCAGCCGCGCUGCGAGAUGCUGUACGACCGGUUCAUGUCGCACGAGAUCUCGCGAACCAUCCUCCCGAGUGCGCUGAUGAAGUUCUACACCGACGUGGAGACGACGGGCUCCAGCUCCGAGUUCUACGACAAGUUCUCGAUCCGUUACCAUAUCAGUUUGAUUAUUAAGGGGAUGUGGAACUCGGCUAUACACAGACAGGCGCUCGUUAACGAGUCCAAAUCGGGGAAACAGUUCGUCAAGUUCGUGAAUAUGUUGAUGAACGAUACGACGUUCUUGUUGGACGAGUCGCUCGAGAGCUUGAAGCGGAUCCACGAGGUCCAGGAGUUGAUCAGCGACGAGGAGAAGUGGUCGAAGGUGAGCUCGGAGCAGCAGCAGAGUCGGAUGAGGCAGCUGACGGCGGACGAGAGGCAGUGUAGGUCGUACUUGACGUUAGCGAGAGAGACUGUGGACAUGUUCCAUUACUUGACUGUUGACAUAAAAGAGCCGUUCUUGAGGCCGGAGUUAGUGGAUAGGUUAGCGUCCAUGUUGAACUUUAAUCUGCAACAGUUGUGCGGGCCGAAGUGCAAGAAUUUGAAGGUUAGGAACCCGGAUAAGUACGGCUGGGAGCCGAGGAGGUUGCUGAGCCAGCUGGUGGACAUUUACUUACACUUGGACUGCGACCAGUUCGCCGGGGCGUUGGCAGGCGACGAGAGGUCGUUCCGGAAGGAGUUGUUUGAUGACGCAGCCGCCCGUUUGGACCGUCUGUCGAUUAAAACCCCAGUAGAAAUCGAACGUUUUAAAGCUUUGGCAGAUAAAGCUUACCAGAUCUUGUUGAAUAAUCAGAAAAGUGACGACUGGAUGUCUGACGCUCCAGAUGAGUUUAAAGAUCCGUUGAUGGACACGUUGAUGACGGAUCCGGUUUUGUUGCCCAGUGGGCAAGUAAUGGAUAGGUCAGUUAUAAUGCGACAUUUGCUUAAUAGUAGUACGGAUCCGUUCAAUCGGCAGCCUUUGACGGAAGACAUGUUGCAACCAGUAAAUGAGUUAAAGGAAAGGAUUAGGAUAUGGAAAUCAGAAAAGACACGUUCAGCAAAUUAAUUUUAUUUGGUAUAAAUAUAAUUUUAUUUUGAAUAAAUUGAUUAACUCGAAUAAUUGUUUCUUAACCGGAUUACGCAAGAAGGCUGAUUGUAAAUCUCAUUCGUUUGCAUUUGUUCCUGGAUCAUACUGCCAACUUUGAAGCUUUUAGUUGCCAACUGACCCCUCCCCAAUCCGGCGGAUAAUUUUGUAUAUACAACGGAAAGUGAGAUGUACAUUUCGUCUAUUAGUUUUAUAUUAUAACCUUAUUUGUGCAAACAAAUUUGAUUGUUUCCCCGACUUUAUUUAGUUUAAAGACAGCUCGUAGACACCGAAAUAAUCAAAUUUAUUUGUAAUUAAAAAAGAGAUUUUUAUAUGAAACCUAGUGUAGUUUGUAUGUAUGGGUCAAUAAAAAUUUAUAAAAAACCAA